AUGCACGGCUGGUCCUCCCCUGCCCCCUCGCUGUGGGGCGACCCGCGGGUGGAUGGGCCGCCGUCAUUGGUCGCACAACCCGCAAAACCACCCAACGAGAGCACUGGGGUUGGAACUGUGCGUCUUGCAUUCCCCUUCGCACAGAGAGAAGACACGCCCGCUUUGGGCUCCGCAGGAGGAGAGGCCGAUCGGCGCAGGAGGAUGUCAACGAUGACAACGGCUGCUGGUGAGAAGGGAGAGUUGAGUUUGCAUGGCUGCGGCGCUGCUGCCCUGCCGAUGGGCAUGAAUUCCAUUUCCCCUGCAGGGGCUUCUUCAAUGGCUUCACAAUUCUCUUUGGAUUCAUGGGUGGAUGCAUUUCGCGUAUAUAUUUCUGCGGCAUUUGUUUUUCCAGAGGAAAAGAUGGCCAUCUCAUCCAUGAUGGAGGCUCUAGCCAAAUAUACACAGGCACGCCUACGUGCUCAGCAACACUUCAGUGAAUGCGAGGCAUGUUUACACCAGUUUGCUCAGCUACAGAACGGUGUUGUUGCCGCUGCCGCAAAAGGGUCUGUCCCAUUGAGUUUGGGCAACACGAAAGAUACGUUUACGUUUCAGUCCCAGGCGAACGCAGUGAGUCCCACAUUUAACACGGCGAACAUGCAGAGGGGACGUGCCAAGGUGGAUAUGGAUCUAGCGGAGUGUAGACAGACGUUGCAGAAGGUCGAGGCAUUUGCGAGUAUUUUUCAGGACUUUCAACGACGUCGGAGGCGUCUGCUUGAGGUUCUUGAAGAGGAGAAACAGCAGCUUUUACUACCACCGCUUCCUCAACGCCACUCUGGUGGUGCGUUUAUGCCAAUUGUCACGGCACCCGUCUUUCAGCUUCAGACCACGCUAGAGGAUGGAAUCUCACAGUUGUAUAAGCAGUGGGAUAUGCAUAUAGCAACAAAGGCAGAAGGUAUUAUUUGCAGGCUCAAUGGGACACAUUCCCAAGAGGACGGUGACGUUUCCGGCAGCAAAGAGGGCGGUGAAUUGGCGGACAGUACGCAUUUGAUUACAUUGCUACUGAAAAUGUGCGACGACACAUUGGGCCGCGUGGAGACGAUGCGCAGCCGUAUUAGUCGUCUUGGCUCCAUCCGUAUUGAUGAAGCAGAGUCAAUUGAAAAACUCCUCGCAAAUAUGGACAACUACGACCCCACGGCGGAGGAACAUAUGGGACGGCGUAAACAAAUUGACGCAGAGUUGGAGGAGCUGCGGAGCUGGUUAACGCACAUUGGGCAGCUUCGUCAGCGCGCCAUGAAUACUAAAGAGUUGCUGCAGCAAUGCCUGACCAGCGGGAACAGAAGCACUGCAGGUUCCAAGCAGACAUCACCUUGCGCCCACUUACGCAGUGAGGGCGGAGGCGCACCGUCGUCCCUCCGACCAUCUCUAGGUGGCCCGACUUCUUUGGACGAAUGGCGUCAGGCCUUGGUCAUGCCAGAUGCAGGUGCCGCAAAUAAAAUGGAUGCGAAUCCUGUCGUCAAUGCCACCACGGCUGGUAUCACUACUGCUACUGCGACUACUACUGCUAAUAAUGGUAAUGGUAAUAAUAAUGAUCACGCCGCACCUGUGUUCACUUCAGAAGAUGGCACCCUCACAGUUUGCAGUCAGAGACCCUCUUCUUCCACGGCGUCGGAUAACGUCAAAAAUGAGGAGAAUGCCACUGAGAUUAACCCCAUGAACUUUUCUUUGCCGGAGCCACCGAUGAGUGCUGUCAGUGUCGAAGGCAACGGCAGGAACACGAUAGCUGAAGAUGCAUGCAGAGGCGGAUUGGCGGUGUCUUUUCCCGCCCACGGUGCAGAGGAUCGCCACAGUGAAACGGGCGUGCCAUUCCGCUACAGUAAAAAAAACAGUGAUGACGAUGACGAUGUGGCAUCUUCCUUUCAUGCCAACGCCUUUGACGAGGAUGACUUUUGCGGGAGUGGGGGGCGAUGGCACCGGCGACGGAAGCGCAGCGCUGCUCGUGGGUAUUUGGGCGGCAUCGCGGCAUUCGCAAGGGCGGUGGUGCACCGGGCCACGCAGUUCAGCGACUCGGAGUGCAGUUCCCCGAGUGACAGCGAGAGGGUGACGGAAGUGAGGCGUCGGCGACGAGUGGAGUGA